GAUCAAGUCUGUCAGUUGUGAUGGGAAAAUUCUGCCAGAUGGGUUGUUUUUCUAAAUUUUCAAGUUGGACAAUUAUUAUUUGAAAAAUCGUUAUAACGUGUCUUUGAAAUGAACUUCAAAUGAAUCACUUUAAUGUACGAAUCACGGAUGGUAAUUUAUGCAGAAUUUUAAAAUGAAGCAAAUUAAAAGACGCCAAAUCCAAAUAUGAUAAUGAUUUAAUGGAAUUAAUUUAUAAGGUGCAACUACCUAAAGGACAUAAAUUUUUAUGAGGUGAUUGGAUUUCGAUUAUAAAAUGCAUCCACCAAAGCCCACGAAUUCAGCUUCGCGACUGAAGGCGAAGAAAAAGCACGUCAUGAAAGACAUAGAAGAAUGGAUGGUGAAAGACCUCACAUUGGAUCUUAAUCAAGGAAAUACCCGGAUGUCGGGCAAAAAUGACGAUACUGUGACAGAAGUUCGCAUGCUCAAAGCGCGGCUGAUAGACUUGGGAGUUGAACGUUACAAGUUUCUUUCACAUUUCUCCCAUGAAAAGCAAAAGUUUCUAGAAAACAGGAAACGCAAGGAAGCAGGUGCCAAAAAUCUGCGUUCGUACUCCACCAUGAGUGAACCAAUCAUGUCGUAUGGAAGACCAAGUACAACAUCUUCCCGACAAUCUGGAAACGAACGAAGUGAUGUCGCAAGUGUGGUCUCCAAGAAGACAGAAUACAGAAGUCCUAAGGAGUUUGUCCAUAACAACACUCAACAAAACCUACAUCGCCCUUUGCCGCCACACAGAGCCAAAACUGUUCAGUUCUUCCCUCAAGCCCUCGAUAAUAAACAAAGGAGCAGGGAUAGCCGUACUGUCGUCAGUGAACCUCCCAGGCUUGGAAUCAGUCGGGAGAAUACCAUAGCAUCCAGCGUGUAUAGCGCCGCUAACUCAGUGUCCUCCUUUAAAAGGGACGAAGACACCUCCUGGUCUAGGCGGAAUAAACUCAGCAAAUAUGGUGGAAAAUGUCCCAGUGUGACGGGCGAUCCCCGCUACGCCUUCCUGGAAAGGGCGCUGUCCUCUAAGUAUGAUAAACACAUUAAAACAAAUGUUACAGACAUCGUGAACAGCAUUGAAUCUCUUCAUAAACCCCCCAAAAAUGCCAAGGAGGCGAAACCAAAAUGGGAAGAAAAGAUUCAAGCCUUUAUGAAAGAAGUUGGUAUAAGCUGGUUUCAGGAUUAAAUACACUUUUUGUUACUGAUUUCGUUACAAUUCGGCUGGAAAAAGUGUAUCCCCCUAAAUGAGGAAUAACAAGUCAAAAUAGAUACUGUACCUCUUAAUGGAUUUUUUGUACUUUAAUUUCUCAUUCUUGUUUUUGGAAUAUAUGUCAAAUGAGUACUCCGGAAUAAAAAUAAUUUAUUUGA